CUCUCUUUUUUUUUCUUUUAUUUGUGGUUGAGUACAGUAUGCCCUCUUAUUCAACAGCACGCUUGAGACUGUCUUUGGAAGACCAACAAGACCAAUAUGUUGCUGUCUCCAAAGACUUGUGGCAAACGAUCGUACCUGUUGACUACUUGAAAGAAUUUAUCCCUCUUUCUAUCACUGUUCCAAGCCUAGUCACUCCUAAUCCUGUCUCAAAUGGCACCAAGCCUGUUUUAAAGUCUUUUAUAGUUUAUUGUAAGCUUACCGAACAAGGGGAUGAAGAGGGAUAUACUGUGCAUGCAAGUAGUUAUUUGAUUCAGACUUUAUAUGGAAAAGACGCGCUUAACCAAUUGGAAGAAGAAGAAGGAGAAGCAUUAUGUCUCGCACAAAUUAAGCCAGUCGAACUCAUUGAAUUGGAUGAGUUAAUCCUUGGUGCCUUGAAUCAGCAGUCUUAUGAGUUUGCACAAAGAGAUACAGCGGCUUUGAUCCAGUUGUUUGUGAAAGAACCAAGCACAAUUAUUCGUAAUUCUGGAAAAUACAAUUUUGGCAAUGGUCUUUUAUACGAAGCUUUAAUGACAAAUCCUGUUCAACAAGGCUGUAUUUUUUCCAGUGAUUGCACUCAAGUAUUGACUGUCGAUUUAUCAGAUAGUGGAAAUACAGACCCAGAAGAAUUGAAAGUUGACACAAAUAAUGCUGCAUUCAACAUGUUACAUUCUCCUGCUAUACCCAAUGUAAUUGAGCCAAAAGAACUUGGAGUCAAGAUACUUCAACAAAGAUGGCCUGAAGCACGAUUGCACCCAUCUCCUAAUAGUAUAGAUGAUGAUGAAAGUCGGGUUUAUGUUGGUAUCAAGGAUCUAGCUCAAUGUGGUGUAUUCAGUGGUGAUUGGGUCUUGGUGAGUGGUAAUAACCCAAAGAAAUCAAGACUCUGUCGAGUCUAUGGUAUUGAUGAUAUACCUGAAAAUCAAGGCAUGGUACACCUUCCCCCGGCUUUAUAUUUCAAUCUCGAUUUGCCAUUACCACCAGCAUCUGUAGAAGACACUAGAAUUACAGUUACUCGAGUCGAUUCGCCUUCUCUAGAAGGGCCUCCUAUUGCAACAAGUGUCACUGUUGCACGCAUUGCUUCACCUGCAUCCAUGGAUAAAGCACUUCAAUUAGCAUUUCUCGAAUCGUUGAAGGCAUGGUUUGAAGCAAAAGAGCGCAUUGUAUGUAAAGACGAUGUGAUUGCCAUUUGCUUGAACGAAGAUAGUGUUCGUUUAAAGCCCUUGGAAGAAGAAUCAAAUGGACAAGUCUUGCCUGGAAAGCCAACUACGUUAGCCUGCUUUAAAGUGACCAAGCUUGAUUAUGCGAGUGAUACGUCGAAAAUACAUCCAUCUUACUUUGGCUCUGGUCGACGCAUUGUACCUAGUAAGACUCAGAUGGUCCAAACAGGCGUGGAAUAUUCUCGUGUUCCUGUUGGUUCUAUUUCGCAUUAUUACGGCUUUUCCGAAAAGUUGCCCUUGAUUCGAUCUCAAUCCACAGCUUACAAAGAACUUCAUGAACUUAUUGCUUCUUCACUUCAUCCCCUUGGUCGCGACUUUGAACUAUCCUGCAAUGCCUUGUUUCAUGGUCCUCGUGGUGGAGGGAAAGCAACUUUAGUAAAAGAGGUUGUAGAGGAGUUAGGGGUUCAUUUAUAUGAAUUCUCUAUAUAUGAUAUAGUUUCUGAUACGGAUGCAAAGACAGAGGUUCAUUUGAGAGCCAAGUUUGAUAAGGCUGCUGCUUUGGCUCCUUGUGUUGUACUGAUUAGACAUAUGGAAGGUUUGGCAAAAAAGAGUGCUGUUGUAGAAUCUGGUCAAGAACCUCUUUUGGCUACUGUUCUACAGGAAUGCAUAAAGAAUGUCAAUGCUGCUCAUAUCGCAACAGGAUAUCCUGUUAUGGUCAUUGCUACAACUGGCGAUAUUGAUACCUUGCCUUCGAGUGUUCUUUCUUGUUUUAGACAUGAGAUUUCUAUGUGUGCCCCUGAUGAAAAGGCUCGUCUUCAAAUCAUUGACAAUCUACUUCUUAAUAGUCCCUUAGCUCCUGACGUCUCCCUGUCAAAUCUGGCAACACAGACUGCUGCUCUAGUAGCUAAAGACUUGGUAGACUUGGUCGGAAGAGCAGGUGUCUUGGCUCUUCAACGCAUAGAUAAAUCCAUUCAUAGUAAAUCAAAAGAGUCAGGCCGUUUGCUUGCACCUUGCUCAAUCACCACACAAGACAUUCAAGCAGCUGGUAUUGCACUCACUGCUGCUGAUUUUGAGUCGGCAUUAGGGGAAGCUAGAUCAAGUUAUUCUGACUCUAUUGGUGCGCCCAAGAUUCCUACUGUUACUUGGGAUGAUGUGGGCGGUAUGGCACAUGUCAAAGACGAUAUUCUCGAUACCAUUCAAUUACCACUUGAGCAUCCAGAGCUUUUUGGUGCAGGUCUCAAGAAGCGUAGUGGUAUUCUUUUAUAUGGUCCACCUGGUACAGGCAAAACGUUGCUUGCCAAGGCUAUUGCUACUUCUUGCUCUCUUAACUUUUUCUCUGUCAAGGGCCCUGAAUUGCUAAACAUGUACAUUGGUGAAUCUGAAGCAAAUGUGCGCCGUGUCUUUCAGCGUGCUCGUGAUGCAAAACCUUGUGUCAUUUUCUUUGACGAACUGGAUUCUGUAGCUCCUAAGCGUGGUGAAAAAGGUGAUUCGGGGGGUGUGAUGGAUCGUAUUGUUAGUCAAUUAUUAGCAGAACUUGAUGGUAUGGGUGAAGGAGGUGAAGAUUCUAGUGCUGGCGAUGUGUUUGUCAUUGGUGCAACAAACAGACCAGAUCUAUUAGACCCUGCAUUGCUGCGUCCUGGAAGAUUUGACAAGUUACUUUAUCUUGGCGUAAGUCAAGAUCAUGAAUCGCAAUUGCGAAUUAUUGAGGCUUUAACAAGAAAGUUCCGUUUACAUCCUGAUCUAGACUUGCGUAAAGUUGCUGAAUGUUGUCCUUUCCACUAUACCGGUGCUGAUUUUUAUGCUCUUUGUUCUGAUGCUAUGUUGAAAGCAAUGACUCGUGUAGCUAAUACAAUAGAAGAGAAAGUCAAGCAACUCAACCAAGAAAAACGAGAGGAUCUUCCUCAACCUUUGACUGUUCAAUAUUAUCUUUCUCAUAUGGUGACACCGGAUGAAAUUGUUGUUCAAGCAGAAGAAGUUGAUUUUAUGAAAGCUUUAGAAGAAUUGAUUCCUAGUGUUUCUGCUACUGAACUUGAACAUUAUUCUAAAGUGAGAGAGAAAUUUGAAAGGGCAUCAGAAGAUGAAGAAAAGGAGGAGAAUAAAGUGAAGGAUGAAGAAAUUGAACGCGCACUAUUGGAAAGCAAGAAAGAAGAAGAAGAAAGACAAAAGGCUGCAACGAAGAAUCGGAAAGGAAAAGGAAAGCAGCGUGCUCAUUAGAUUGUAAAUAAAGUACAGUGUCAUUUGACUUUCA